GGCUGCACUCGUUUGACUGCGCGCUCAGUCUGACGGUGGAAAUGAGAAAAAAUAUUUUCCAUCGCGAAAGUCGCGCCGUGCGAAUCGGGAAAGAAAAAACCGCGAUCGGUGCAGCAAAAGCGGUCGAACGUACGUAAAACUGCAUUCGAAGCCGUUCCCAGCACUGCAGGUUAGUGAUUGUGCAUCGUGCGAGAGUGUGCAGUUUUGUGCGGAGUUGAGAAAAGGUAAAGAGUUACAGCACAGCAGCACAGAUUACAGUGGUUUUGGCAGCGGUCGAGUAGAAAGAAGAAGAAGAAAAAGAAGGGAGAAGAAACAACAGCCCUUCGUCACCAGUGUGGUCCGUCGAAAAUGGUCAGCAGGAUGGGAUGGAAAAAAGCCGAUUCCAUCACAGACGGUGUGAUGCGCUAGGCCUACUGUUUGUGCGGAAAAAUCAACCGUGUGAAAUAUGGUGAGCAAAAGUGGUGGUAAGCAGAACAGGGCUCGAAGGGUCGCCGUCACAACAUGUCCCAUCAUAAUUCUUGUGCUCUGACGACACCAAUCGGGAGGGUGAGAUAAUUACAAAUCCUGCUUGCGGUGCAGAAUACAGAAGAAGUUCAUAAAAAGUGCAUCGAAAUCGACCGAAAAUCGCGCGAGCAAAGUGUGCGGCAAUCGAAUUCGCAUGUUGUUCUACCGCUCGCCCGUGUGUGCCCGCAGUGUGGUGUCGUCUUGACGGUGAGACGCCAUUUUAGAAUUGAUAUUUAUACGUACACAAGGGGGAGGGGGGAGAAUAAACGGUUCAGCUGCAUGCCGUCUGUCGUCGUCUGUCGUGCGUAAGCGAAACGGGUGGUGAGCGCGUGUGUGUGUGUGUCGCUCCCGCAGUCGGUUGCAUUUUACAAUAAAGUGUCCGCGGAGUGGAGUGAAUUUCGCCGUGAGCAAAAAGCCUGACGGCGGGCGUGAUUUCCGUGCGGGGUGUGUGUGCGAUGCAGUUCAGGUGAGCGAGUCGCAUUAUGGCGCUGCUCGGCCGAACGCACAAUUUGGGAUGCAGUUUUUGCAGCAGUACGGCGGGGUGAAAGUGUGUGGCAGAUAGUGAGCUACAGCGCAGGAAGAAGAUUGGCGAGUGCGAGCGCGAGUGCGUGUGUGCGAGAGCGAGAUGAAACGACAAGCAGCAGCAGCAGCAGCAGGGUCGUUCGCUUGUCGCGAUUGAGUGAGCGUGUGUGCGUGAGAUAGAGAAUCCCCCUUCUGUUCGACGGAGAUGCGAGUGUGUGUGCGUGCAUGUCAGUUGUGUUGGGCCAGUUGGUGGUUUGUUUUGUUUCGCAACGUUAGAAGCAGACGGGGCAGCAGCAGCACGACGCAUCUCAGCUCAGUGCCACGAAGCCCGGCGGAGGAAACCCUUUAAACAAAAAAGUCGUGAAUGAAGAAAAGCAAAGCGGGAUUUGUGUCUCUGUGUGAGCAAGUGUAAACACACAUCGGGAGCUACUGAAGAACGCCAGCCGAUGUUUUGAUCUGAGAGCAGCAGCUGUCAUACAGGCUGUGCCCUCCGUAAGACGCGUUCGGAAUCGAUCGUGGAGGGAUUUGCGUGCAUGAAAUCGGUCAGUGUGUUUGUCGUUAUCGCGAGUGUCGCUCGCAGUGUGCUGUGAAAUAGAUCGUAAAACCGUCAGUCAGUCCUUGUGCGGUGCGAGAAAAUAAGCGCGCAAAGGCUGGUAAUGUUUUGGUUGCUCCCAAGAGUGGUGUGCGUACUUGCUGUGUGUUGUCAUCAGGCGUGUGCGCGUGUGUUGGUGAAAUCUAACGCGCCAGUCAAAACAGGCGCCUUCUGCUGCACACCACUACCACACUGACGCAGUAGAACUGUGUGUGUUUGGGUGUGUGUGUGCGUGCGUGUGAGUGAGUGUGUGUGUUUGUGCGCUGGCACUGAUUGAUGUUCCAUGUGCGGAUGCAAACAGCUAUUACGAAUUUAAAAACACAGUGAAGCUUUUAGGAACUGCUUGUGAAUUGAAGUGAAAUAAGCGCAAGCUACAGAGAAGCACUCGUGUGGCGAAGUGCUCGUGUGUUCUAUUCUAUUCGCAAAACUAGCAUUUUUCCACAGCCGCCCAGCAAAAUGACCAUCGUGAAAAGCAAUACAGCAGACGCGGCUGGCACCAAUCCGGCGGACAAUGCCAAAUCGCCGCUCUCUUCAUCGUCAUCGUCCUCUUCCUCCUCCGACUCGGACGAUGGCUCGGACUCGUCGAGCGAUUCCGACUCGUCGUCGGCGUCCACGAGCAAAACCAGCAGCAAACAGAGCAGCGGCGGCGGAGGAGGAGGAGGAGUGCCACAAGAAAAACCACAACAAUUUAGUGUUAUGAGUUCCGAUAGUGCCGGACUUCGAAUGAAAAUAGCCAUUCCUCGAAGCCAAUCGAACGCGACACCAACGCCUUCACCGACGGCGUCGCUCGGUUCCAACCAUCAGCACCAGCAGCUGAUGCAACAGGACAGCCUUCCUUCUGGUGGAUCAGCAGCAGCUGAUCGAAGGCAGAAAAAUGCGGAAAACGUUCUCGGCGGCGAACGCGCAUCGCCCGCGGGGCUAGUGCUACCCGCCGGAUCCUCCACGAAAGUGGAUUCGUUCAAGGACGGCGCCACGAAGAAAGGAUCCAAUACAGCAAAGAGUGCCAUGGUGGCGGCGGUGGAGGCGAGUUCAACUCGCGCUAGAGCACCUCCAACCGCCCAGCAGCGUGUGUCGAGCGAAGGCGGUGGUAGCAAAGCGUUAACGGCAACGGCUGCCUCGCGCAAGCAGGGCAGUAGAAUGCUGCCCGACGACAAACGGGAAGAGCGGGGCAGAACGAUGCACACCAAGGCUAGGAAGCGACGGUCGUCGUCGGGCAACGAUGGCAGCAGUGCGGGUCGCACGAAGAAAAGCGUCAGUGAAAGUGAUUCCAGUUCGGCCAGCUCGUCCUUCUCGUCCUGCACGAGCAACAGCGAUAGCGACACGAGCAGUACCGCUGGCGACAACAGCAAUCAUCAUCAUCAGCAGCAGCAGGACGAUAAGGCGAAGCAAACGGUGGGUGGGGGACGCCAUGCAAGGACAGCGUCGUCAGCGGCGGUCGCGUCUGGGAGUGCUAUCGCAGCUGGCAAAAAGCAGAAAAUUCUCAAGCGAAAGAAGGCAAGCCGAACCGCUACAUCCAGCAGUAGCGAUGAGGAGGACGAGGAAGAUCUGCCCAGCGGGCGCAGCGGGAGCAAGAGCGGUACGGCGAACCGGACAAACGAGUUCACCUCGUCCGACUCGAGCUCCUCAGACGAGGACGGCAAAGCAUUCGCGGCAAUGCGCACGAAAGCAAAGAGCUUACAGUCGACGAAGGGCAGCGGGAAGGACGGCAAUGGCCUGCUAACGUUGACCGAUGGCAGUGCGGGAGGGCUGCUGCUGAACCGGCCACCCCUCUCCACGUCCACACCGGCCAAACAGCACGGUGCGUUUCCACCGACACUCGGCGGUGGCAUGUCGUCGGCCGGGGACGGUGGACUGACGGCCGAGGGCGGUUCGUGCUCGAGCGACAACGAGCUUCCGGCGCUAGUCAGUGCAGCCAUUCGUCGGGUGGAAAGUGGUUCCGAUGCCGAAAGUAUCCGGGGGUUGUCCGCCCCGACGCAACAGUACACGUCCAGCCUGUUGCGGGAUUUUGUCGUGAAGACGCAAAUGCUUGGCACGGUUGGUGGGAGCGGCGCGGGAGCAAUGCCGGCGGGUGUGAGCGGAUCGGCUGCCAACAGUGCCGGUGGUGGUGGUGGUGGUGGAGGUGGUUCGCCAUCCUCAUCCUCCUCGUCCUCAUCGUCGUCAGGCUCGUCCUCGUCGUCUUCCUCUUCCUCCAUGGAGGAAGGGGCAGACCCAGCGAUAGGAAGCGCCGGUCCAGGCCCGGGAGGUGGCGGUGGUGGUGGAGUGGCAGCAUUUGAGUUGGAUGUCCGCAAAAUUAAGACUGAAUCUCCCGUACCUUCAACGUUGCCGCCUGCCUCGGUGGGCCGUAACACUCCGCUAGUAAAUGGGCUUACCACCGGGGGCAUGAAAACGACGGACCUGCCGGUACCAGCCCCGGCACCGAAACGUCGCGGUCGUCCUCCAAAGUCAAGCUUGCAAGCAGCACCCGCCCCGCCACCCGCAGCCCGACCGACCGGUUCGUCCCGGUCGGUCACCAUUCCGACCGUUAGCGAGUCGCCCGACUCGGGCAUUCUGUCCACGCACAGCUCCACCGGUUCACCGAAGACGGAUAAAACGAGAUCGGCGUCUCACCUGCGAUCGACGGUGGGAGCUACCGGUUCGUCCACCUCAUCGCGCCGCAGCAAAUCGGAAGCACGGGGAAGCGCUUCGAGUGCGUCGAGUGCCAUACUGUCGGCCGGUGGAGCGGCGUACGCUGCCAUCUCGGUCCUACCCGCGCCACCGGGAGCCGCCGGGAGCGGAAGCCGAACGUCCGGCGCCGCCGCGUCGUCCUACGCGCUCACCUCCUGUCUCGAUCGCAACACGUACGCUACCGAGCGCGUCCUGUAUCCUCCCCGGGGGCCGAAGAAACGGGGCGUCGGGAGACCGCCGAAGAAGGACACGGCAGCGCAUCAGCAGCCAGCCGGCGCCGGACGGGGAGGCCCUGCGAACGAUCCGGCCGCCCGGUCGCAGCAGCAAGCCGAAGAUCGGCUCGAUCCGCACUGGCAGAAGAUCGAUAUUAGCAAAAAGUUUCACGAACCUCGGCUCAGCGGGUACAAGAGCGACGGUGGCCAUUCGACGAUCUGCUGCAGCAAGCGGCUUGCCUCGCAGAGCGGCUACAUCAGCGACUAUGGCGGCGUUGGAGCGAGCAGUGGGCGCAGCCGGCUGUCCGGCUACAAGUCGGACUUUAGCUCUCGCUCAAGGCGCAGCUGCAGCCGGGCGGGAGGCUACCGCAGCGACUACGGGCGGGCGAAGAGCUGCGGCUAUCGCAGCGACUGCAGCACGCGGCAUCGCAAACAGGUGCGGCGAAAACGGCGCAAGAAAAUAGGCAGCCAUCAGCAGUCGCAGCAGCAGCAGCACCAUAACCAGCACGACCAUCAGCAUCACAACAACAAUCUCAGCGAUCGGAAAAACUACAACGCGUCGAGCGAUGGGGGCGGCGGCGGUGGCAGCACCAAAUCGGCCAGCGUUGGCGAGCUGGAAAUUAUGUUCAUGGCGGGGCUGACGCUGGGCAGUACGAGCGACGAAGAUAGCAGCAGCACGAGCAGCAGUACGAGCAGCAGCAGUGCCGAGAGUCGCGAGAGCUUAUUCACGGACCAUUCCGGUGUGGAUCGUGGUGCGAACAGCAGCAGCGGAGCGGACAAGGUGAAGCGAGCAACGUCUGGCAGGGGAAGGAAAGCGAACGUCGCUACCACCAAACCGAACGCAAAGCUUCCGCGAACGCCCCGAAAACCCACCCCGCCGAAAACUGUCGCGAAAGGGCGUGGAGCAGCAAAAGCACCUCGAGGCAGACCGCCCUCCAGCACGACGAUCGAUCGGAGAAGGAAAGCGAAUCACGCAAAGCACGGCAGCAACAAGCUCGACUCAGACGAUGAGGACGAGGACGAGGAAGAAGAGGCAGAGUUGGUGGUAAAGCGACGGUUUGGUGACCGCGUCCGGACCAAACCACUGCAGCCCGCCCCGAAAGACCCGCCGACGAAGCCUUCGGUCGCUGCGACUGCUUCCGUCGCGCUGAAGCAAAAGUCGUCCGCGCUGGUGAAGAAACCGGGCCAGCGUGGUCGACCACCGGGCGUGAAAAAGCAACCGGGUGGGACGGGAAGUACGGCCACAGCCGCCGCCCUGCCCGCCGGCAAAACGCUCGGAAGUUUGGACGUUCUGCUCGCGCCGAAGAACAGCACCGCUCCGGUGCUGCCGGUCAACAACUUCGACCGGGUAGUUGCAUCGAUGAGUGGCAGCAGCAAGCAGCAGCCCGGGUCGAGCGAAGCGAAGAAAUCCUCCAUCUACACCUUCUCCAGCACGACCGUCGCGCCAAAGAAUGCUUUUGCCGCGUUUCUGCUGCGUGGUGCGGCGGCCGACGAUGCCGCCAAGGACGACGCGGAGGAAGGUGGCCGGCUGCUGGGGGUCAAGAAGCUUCCCCUCUCGAAAGCGAACGUGAUCAAGAACUCGGAGGAGUGCAGUCGGCGGUUUCAGAAGUCCACGUCCUCGUUUGCGCUCGGCGGCAUUGCCGGUUCGGUCGACCUGCUGGCGCGCAUUGCCGACGGGACGAUCCCGAAAGCAUCGCCCACCAAGUCGGUCUGCUCGAAGCGCAGCCGAAGGAAGAGCUGCGCCAGCGAUCGGCUGGAGGUGAUGUCGGUCAAGAGCUACGGUGUGAUCGGCAGCUGCGGCAAGAUACGCCAGCGGCGCCUGAGCACGAUGAGCCGGUGCAGCAGUCGUUCGGCCGGCUCGAGGCAUGCGGCGGCCAGGAUGAGGCGGCGCAAGAAGCGGCUACGUUCGAUGUCGGUGGCACCCGGCACUACGGCGGAGAUGGUGAGCGGAGGUGGCGGUGGUAAUGGUGGUACUGCUGGUGGUGCGGCCAGUUCAUCCGGGCUCGAUUUGAAGCUGAACGUUGAGAUCGAUCGGCUGAGCGAAAGCUUCAGUGGCAUGUGUCGCAUUGUGGGUGGAACGGUUAACAAUGAAGCUGGUCAAGCAUCGUCCGGCGCUGGCCGAUCAGUCAGCCCACCGGAGGAGGCAACGGCCACGAAUGCACCUGCCGCCGCAACACCAACAUCGGGCAAGGGGCACCAAACGAAGCGCUCGGUGAAGAAACGGAAAGCGUCCGAGCAUGUGACGGACUCCCCCUCGACAGCGGGUGGGGCAAAUGCACCGGGCGGUGGUGGUGGAGGUGCCGCUGCGUUGGGCAAUGGUGGCGGAGCCGGCGGUGGUGGUGGUACGGGCAAGCGGCGGAACAAGAAAACCGUCCCAACGCAGAGCCCGGACGAUCACAAACUUCCGCUCAAGAAACGGCACUACCUGUUGACACCGGGCGAGAAAGGCAACAACAGUGACAACAACAGUGGAGUGGAUGAAGUGAAGACCGGUAGUAGUGGGGGUAACGGUGGUGGUGUUGGUGGUAGUAGCGCUACUGCCGCUGGAAGUAACGUUGAUAGUGGGAAUAGUUCUACGAGUGGCGCUACGGGGUCCGGUUCCGGGUCAGCAAAUUCAAGCUUCACCGGCAGCCAUACCGUGUUGAACCCGUGCGCCUUUGCGAGUGGCGCGAGAUCAUCGGCCAACUCGGCAGCGACUGGGUCUUCCAUCUCGGGUGCAGCCACCAAGGCGGUGACGCCCAAGAAACGGCAUCUACUGAAAUCCCCCGAACCCGGUCCCGUCCCGACCGACACCGAGCUGCAGCUGCAGAUUAAGUCGAGCGAUUCUCCGCUGACGAUCGUGAACGGAGGUGGAGCGUCGGGCACGGUGGGCGAUGCAGGAAGCUCUCCUUCGGACGGACAUACCGUUGGUCGAAAGGCGGCUGUUGAUGGCGCUGUUGGUGGAAGUCCCUCUAAUGCUGCUGGACAAGCGAAUCCUCCUGUGGCUGGAAGCAAGAAAAAGACCAAUCGCCAGCAGGAAGGAUCGUCGAUUUCGUCCUCGACCGUCAGUCGGGAGCGGCAAGCAACGGGAGCUUCCGGUCAAACUGGCACAACGAGUGAAAGUUCAGCCGGGCCCCAACAUCGUUCAACGCCACCGGCACGGCCAUCGGUUAUACAAUCGUCCGGAUCGGUGCAUCCCGCCGCAUCUUCCGGUGCGUACUCCGCCUCGUCUGCCGGACCACCGCCGGGAGUGUUUGAGCCCACGGUCGAUCUGGAGCUGGUGAUACCGCCACCCUCCUCCAUACCGUCGCUUAUCGCAAAGGUUGAAAUGCUCGAUUCGCCCCGCUUGGGUGGCAAGGACGCUGCUGCUGCCGCCGGUGCCAUUGGGUCCUCCUCCUCUGGCCCCUCGGGCAAUGUGGCCACCAAGCUGGAAUCGGAGGAACUGCAGGUGCUGACGGCUGCCCAGCGAAAAGCGGCCGGGCUGGGAGCGGGCAGCGCAUUGCUGGCGACCAUCUCGACCGCGUCCGCCUCCUCUGAGAAGGUGCUGGAGAAGCUGCUCACCAAAACCGGCGCCCAUCAUCUGCUGAUGAAGAAAAAGCGCAAAAAGCCCAAUCGCACUGGCUUUCCCACGGUGAAGAAGAAGAAGAAGAAGCUGCCCGAGAAUGACCCUCUGGAUGAUGGGCUGUCGGUGCUGGAUUUGAAGCCGGAAGUCGGGCCGGAUCUGUUCGAUUCGUCCAACCUAACGCGCCACGUACCGUCCGAGGCGGAAAAGACGCGUAUGAAGGAAAGGCAGCAGCAGCACCACCCUUCUACGGGAAAGCAUGCGGCGUGCGAUCGCGUACCGAAGGAGGGCGAACCGACGGACUGCUUUAUCGAGCGACACACGGGCGUUGGGCGACCUCGGCUGUCCGUGGUAAGCCUGGAGAAGCUGCAGGGCAAGCUGCCUCUACCGGGAGGAGGUUCUCGCGACGUUGCAACGACGCCACCGGCGACGGGAGGCCGUGGCCGUAAGUCCGUGAUAAACCCACUGGCAGCGGAGCAUCAGUUGGCGGCACAUCGCUCGAGAGGACUCAGAGACGAACCAUCGGCAGCAGCGGCCGGCACAGUAGGUCGCAAAGGCAAGAAGAGACAGGAAGUACCGAAGCCACUGCCCGAGACGGCAGUCGGUAAGCGUCAGAAGGCUUCGAUGGACACGGAAAUCCGAUCGGCAAAGGAGCGAAACCGUAGCAAGAGUGUGUCGGUUGCGUCGGAGCAGCUGCCCAACAUUGUGCGGCUGAGCGAAACCCUGUCCAAGGGUGCCGCGGCUAAGGAAAACAAGGAAAACAGCCGUCUACCACCCGGGAGGCCUCCUUCGGCAGCAAAGCGAGCCGGCAAAGAACCCGCCACGAGUGCGGAAACAUCGCCGCAGGAUGAUGCCGCCGGAGUCAUUCGUCGAACGCGCAGCUCCUCGGUGGCGCUGGAUCCGUCCGAGGUGAAGAAACUGCACCACCAUCACCACCACCACCACGAAGCAGAGCACGAGUCGGCCGGAAAGGGAGCGUCCCAGUCCAGCACACCGGUGCGUCCCCAUUCCGGCGGAAUUGCCGCACUGCACAACGAGGACUCGACGUCACUGGACUCGAUGCCGCUGCUGAAGCGCCUCCAUUCGCGCUCCAUCUCGCGAAUGCAGUCGGUCAUCACGCCGACGGUGGUGAUCGAACCGAUUGCCACCUCGCCGAAGACACCCGGCCGACCGAGGGGCCGGCCGCGCACAACCUCACCCAUUACGGCAACGGAAACGCCCAACUCGCCCACCGCCACUGCCGGACCCGGUCGUGGACGGCCUCGGACGGCGCUCGCCCUCACUGGCAACCCUUCGGCAGCGUCCAUGCAGCGUACGCCCGCCUCUCCGCUCUCUUCGCCCAGCCCGACGGUGGCCGCGGCCGAGCGCACCGCUGGCAGAAAGAAGCAGCGACUGGACGGUCGCAAAUCGGUGCCUCCCGGCCUUGCCGAACCGAUCGAAAGCGCUCGUCUCGCGACCAGAGUGACGGCAUCCAAGUCGGUCACGCCGACGCCUCCGGUGGGAACCGUCAUUCCGACACGGUUGAAGCGCGGCAAAAGCGAUGAAACGCUGCGAGCCCAACAGCUCGAAAAGCCCACCAAGAAGCCGCGAAAGGAGCUGCCGGGCUCGGCCGAACCAUCGCCGGAAACGGCAGCCCAUCUGUCCAAGCGAUCGGCCAUCGCGUCUCCCAUCGUCGAGCCGGUCGAUCCGGAGGAAACGGCGCACGUGCUGCAGCCGGCCAGCUCGACGGAGGAGCUGGAGCACGAUCCGCUCCCACCGGACGAGGGACCGUCGGAUUUCCUCCGGCUCACCGACACCCCCUCGCCGACGUCUUCCGGUGAAGCGCGGGAGCUUGCGAUGGGUGGUGCUGCGGCCGGUGGUCGUGGUGCCGGCACGAGCAAGAAGCUGCCCCGCAAGAAGUACAUUACGGCGGGCCUGUUCUCCGACUGCUACAAGGACGACGGUACGACGGGCGGGGAGGGCCGUUCGGGGCCGAAAACGCCCCCGGAAACGCUGCUCCCUCCGCCGGCCUACUGCGAGCGGUUCCUGCGCCGUACGGUGCGCGACUUCCAGCUGCCGUACGAUCUCUGGUGGCUGCAGGAGAACGGCAAGCUGCCCGGCCGCAACUCGGUGCCGAGCUGGAACUAUCGCAAGAUCCGCACGAACGUGUACUACGACGUCAAGGCGAACCCGUCGACCGACAACAACACGCAGUGCAACUGCAAACCGGACAGCGGCUGCCAGGACGACUGCCUCAACCGGAUGGUGUACACGGAGUGCGUGCCGGAGCAGUGCCCGUGCGGCGACCGGUGCCGCAACACGUGCAUCCAGCGGCACGAGUACGCGCCCGGGCUGGAGCGCUUCAUGACGGAGGAGAAGGGCUGGGGCAUCCGGUCGCGGGAGCGCAUCAGCAAGGGCACCUUCAUCAUGGAGUACCUCGGCGAGGUGGUGACCGAGCGAGAGUUUAAAGAGCGCAUGCGCACGAUGUACCUGAACGACACGCACCACUACUGUCUCAACCUGGACGGUGGUUUGGUGAUCGACGGCCAUCGGAUGGGCAGCGACUGUCGCUUCGUCAACCAUUCCUGCGCACCGAACUGCGAGAUGCAGAAGUGGUCCGUGAACGGGCUGUUCCGGAUGGCGCUGUUCGCUAUGCGUGACAUUCCGCCGAACGAGGAGCUUUGCUACGAUUACAACUUCAGCCUGUUCAAUCCCUCCGAGGGGCAACCGUGCCGCUGUGGCUCGGAACAGUGCCGUGGGGUGAUUGGGGGCAAAUCGCAGCGCAUCAAACCGAUCCCGCUCGGUUCUUCGGGUGGCGGCGCUGGUGGCCCUGGAGGCACCGGUGGCCAACGAAAUGCUUCCGAGGCGGGUGCGGACACAGAUGCGAGCAAAGCGGCCGGAGCAGAUGGUACGGCGGGUGGAAAUGGAGCGAGUGGAGCGCUGGUGGUCGAGUUGAGUCCACGGAGUGCGGCCCGAUCGCGCAAACGGCAGGCGAAGAAGAACCAACCGAUUGUGCACCUGAACGGUACGCCUCUGCCCACGUUCCAUCCACCGUCGGUCAAGGAGCGGGCACUGAUCGCCGAGCAUCAUUGCUUUUUGCUGCGCAAUCUCAACAAAAUCCGCCGGCAGAAGGAACGAGCCGCGACACUCGCAUCGGCCGGUGGCGGUGGUAAUGGUGGAGCAGGUGCAGCUGCGACAGAGAGCGGUGGCCAGGGAGCGGCUGCGGGAAGUGAUCAGACAGCGGGCGGGUCGGGUAAACCGUCGCUUGCGUCACAAAUCUCCGCCUUGCGCUGUCCGCGCAACAUUCGCACCCGUGGACUUGCCUUUGUCGAGGACGAUCCGGAGCUGGAGAAGACGGCCCGCAUUGCGGUGGCGCUAAAGGAUAUUUGCACUGAAAUUGCCACCUUGAAAGAUGAUAAAGGAGUGCCGUUUAUCAGCAAACUGCAGUUGCCAUCGAAGAAGAAGACGCCCCUGUACUACGAGCGCAUCCCGAAACCGAUCGAUCUGGCGCAGAUCGAGACCAACAUCGAGCAGGGCGUGUACCGCAUGCCGAAGGUGUUCGAGGAAGAUCUGCUGAUCAUGCUGAGCAACGCGAUCAAGUACUACGGCAUCAACUCGCCGGAAGGGAUCGCCUCGGAAGCGCUCAAAUCGCACUACUACACCUGCAAGCAGCAGCAGGUGCCGAAGCUGCAGGCGUACAUCGGCGAGGAGAACGAGCUGCUGCGCGGGUUCGUGCCGAAGAAGGAACCGGCCGAGGAUGCGGUGCCGCCGAAACCGAAGCGCGGCCGUCGCCAGGAGCAACCGGAAGACAUUAUCCGCUGCAUCUGCGGGCUGUUCAAGGACGAGGGUUUGAUGAUCCAGUGCUCCAAGUGUCUCGUGUGGCAGCACAUCGAGUGCACCAAGGCGGAUCCGGCGGUCGAGAACUAUCUGUGCGAAAAGUGCGAUCCGCGCGAGGUAAACUACGAGAUUCCGCUGAACGAGUUCACGGAGGAGGGCUACCAGUACUACGUGUCGCUGAUGCGCGGCAAGCUGCAGAUCCGCCAGACCGACACGGUGUACGUGCUGCGCGACAUCCCGAUGUCGCCCGAUCCGAAGAACCCGAACGCGCCGGUCCGCAAGCACACGUACGAAACGAUCGGCAAGAUCGAGUACAGCGAGUGUGACAUCUUUCGCGUGGAAAGCCUGUGGAAGGACAAGGAGGGGCGGCGCUUUGUGUACGGGCAUCACUAUCUGCGGCCGCACGAGACGUACCACGAGCCGACGCGCCGCUUCUACCCGAACGAGGUGAUGCGCGUGCCGCUGUACGAGGUGAUACCGAUCGAGCUGGUGGUGGACCGGUGCUGGGUGCUCGAUCCGAUCACGUUCUGCAAGGGCCGGCCGGUCGACAGCUCCGAGCCGCACGUGUACAUCUGCGAGCUGCGCGUCGACAAGAGUGCGCGGCUGUUUUCGAAGAUUUCGCGCCACUCGCACCCGGUGUGCAUGAAAUCGUACGCGUUCCACAAGUUCGAGCAGAAGCUCAAGAUAGCCAAAACGUUUGCGCCGCAUGAUCUUGGUUCGCUGGCUCAUCUACUGUCGAUACGGGACAAGCAAAAGAAGGGUUCGAAGAAGGACGAAGGCAGUGGUGGACAAACGGCGGCCGGAUCCGGUGCCGGCGGGUCGUCCGGUUUCGGUGGAGCCGGCGGAAGCCAUUCCGGUGGUUCGAAGAAGAUGACACCGAUCAUACAGCUGUUGCCACCGCCACCGAAGACUGGCUUGAACACAGACCGCAGUACCCUCGCGGUUCAGCCUCCGACGGGUGGGGCAAAGCCGACCAGAACAAAGACGCUAGCGGAAAAGCGCAACCGACUGGAGCAGGUACUGGCACGGCUGAUGCAAAAGCUAACGCUCAACCCGAACGCCCUGCCGGUGGUGGACAUAUCGUACCUGCUGACGGGACGCGGGGCACGACUGCGACGGACCAACAACUCGACGCCGGUGCCGAUUAUUUGAGAGUGGGUUCGCAAGAGGAGAAAACGGCGUCGCAAAUGGAAGCGUUGCUACGACUGAGCGUCGUACGGUUACGGUUUUCAGGCCGCGUUCGUGGAUUUUCUCCUCGCCGCCAACACUACUGCCACAGAAUAAUGGACCGACGGCAUUACAAACAGGCGAGCCGGAUCGCCCACGGGGUUUCCGCAGUAGGGGGAGAGUUUCCGCUGCCGAGGAAACCGCGCUGGACGAUCAAGGCUCGCGGAAGCGACAUGCAGCAGCAGCAGCAAGAGCACCAGCGAGACAUGUGCAUGAUUUUAUAAAUACUUUUACUUUGUUGAACUAUUUUUCGACCCUCGUCAGUAUGCUGACGGUGGUGCUCUUGCGCAUCGUUGCGGUCAAGCUCGAGGAAGCUGAGCUAUUGGCGAAAUUCGCCGCUAUACUCACACCUGCAUACGUACUAUACACGCUAUACACAUGCAGCACAUACGACGCACGCGGGAUAGAUGGUACACCCAACAUACUCAUACAAUGCUUACACUACACCACCACUCCAUGAUGUACCUUUAUGUUUGUAUGUUAUUUGCUAUUUAUUAUUGUUAAAUGCUUCUUCUUAUUCAUUUUAACGCGGAUACACUAUUUUUUUAUCCGCUAUAGGGGUUAGGUUUGUUGGCAUUUUUUUUCUUUUCUUUUACGAAAUCAUUUCCUUCCCCCCCCCUCCCCAAAACAUGAUUGUGGACCGCGCGCGCUCGAGAGAACGGACGGGCGUAAAAGUGGGGGGGGGGGCAAAAGUUCGGCGCUCUGUUUGGAUUUGUUAUUUAUUUGUACGAAUGUAGACAUAAAUCUGUCCCGGAUUAUCUGCGCCUGAACUUUGUUUUGUUUUGUUAAUAGAGUGCUAGAGGAAUUUGUUCGAAUUAUUAUGCAUAGAUGAUUAUAACCAUUACGACUACGAUCAGUAGUAGAAUAGGGAGAAAGAGUAUAGAAUCGAUCAGAUCAUGCAAGAUCGAUAGUAUGAAGUUUUUUUUUCUUCUGAAUUCUUUAACUUUAACUUUCUCCUGUACCUUUAUCUUUGGUUUAACUGUAGUCAGAUAAGAAACAUAUGCACACACACACACACAGUCGAAGGUGUGUUUUCGGUAAAAAUCUAUCCAAACGUAGAAGUGGAUAUUAAAAUUGUAAAUAGGAAACCGGAAACAAAAAAAAAAAGGCCAUCAACGAAGCCAAAAGCAUGCCGGGGAGGAGGUGGGUGCGCGAUCGACAAGCAAUGCAAUUAGAUUUCCUUCCUCUCUGCCGCGCGUAUAAAAUAUGUUGCUGAGACACGUAAAAAUCUCCCUUUUUGCAAGCACACACACACACACACACACUGUCAAAUCAGCGUAUCGAAUGGACUGGAUAAUUAUUAGGUAUAAAAAAGGCUAGGGGGUCACAUAUAUAUAUUAGGAAUAGUAUAGUGUUGUAAAAGAAUUCACAAGAAAUGCAUCUAUUUUUCUGCCAAUAAUAAAUACCCACUCAAACAUACUGGAAACAGAAUAAUUCACACACCAACCUUUAUAUGUGUAUGUAUAUGUAACUGUAAGCUAUAGGAUAGGAUCACUACUACUACUACUACUGCUAUGCGAAUACUAAGAAGCACUGGAAAACGAAGGGAACGAGGGAACAUAAACAUGAAAUCACAAACAGAUACAAAGCAUAGAUUUUUAAUAACUUAUAAUGAAUUAAUAAAGAAACGAAUUCGCGAAGGAAAACAAGUUGAAACGCUAAGCAAGUCAACGCACCUUUUAUUAACCUUUAGGCAGGCUGACGCAGAAGAGUAAAACCGGGCACGCUUUAUUUGAGGGAUUUCCAACACUGUACACUGUAAAUGGUACAGCGAAGCAAGGAACAAGAACAGAAGGGGAGGGAAGGCACAGGCCUCUUCUGACGUGAGAGUUAUCGUUAAGCUCUGAGACACGAUCAUCUUUAUAAUAUGCUUAAUAUAUGCUAGUUUAAAUUGAAUGAUUUGAUAAGUGAGCGAGAGGCUUUCGUUGCGAGAGAGAGAUAGGAGAAAGAGAGAGGGAGAGAGAGAGAUAAUGCGCAAGAAGGGAAGGAUGGGAGAGAAAAAAAUUAAAAAGGAUAAAACAGGAAACCGUGGUGCUAGAGAGGAAAUUAAUUACAGAUAACAAAAACAUACACACAGACACAUAUGCAAUUGCAGAAGCACUGAAUUGAGACACAUAGACACACUGACCCCACAACAUGCAGUCACAUACUAAUGUUCUACUAUUCUCUGGAAAUAAAACACAAAAACUCCCCUCCCCGUUUUUGGAUCUUUGUUCAGAAGUGAAUUAAAGGAAUGUA